GCACAAAAAAAAAUUAAAAAAGCUAUGACGUGUGCAAGAAGAUAAUGAUGUUAGCAAAAGAAUCAUCAAGCUCCAUAUGACAUUGUUUGCUUUACAAUUGCCCCAAUGAACCCAUACCAAUCCAAAAUAACAAUUGCUAUCUUUUUUAUUGAAUAACGUAUCCUAUUGGUAGUGUCCUAGUAGAUAUUCAUAGUCAAAUUUAUAUUUGCGCACUUUAUUGUCUUUCUUUUGUUAAUCUACAUGACUCUCGAUCGGGGGAAUAACAAGUUCCCAUGUUUAUCCAAAACUCUGUAUUACCUUUUUUGACGUUUUAUAUAAGAUGACUCGUUCAUCAUAUUCUUCCUAUCAGCUGUGUUUUUUCUUAAUAUCCAGAACAUUUAACUUUCAUUAACCAAAACAAAUAUUUAAUAACCAUGGAGGGUGUAAGUGCAAUUAUCCAAAAGUUUAGGCCAUAUUUGUUAAUGAUAUUUUUGCAAUUUGGAGCUGCAGGAACGUAUAUCGUCAUUAUGGCCACUCUCAAUCAAGGCCAGAAUCGUUACGUUCUUAUUGUGUAUCGCAAUGCUGUGGCUGCUCUUGUUCUUGCACCUUUUGCAAUCUUCUUUGAAAGGAAAGUGAGGCCGAAGAUGACACUAUCGGUUUUCUGGAAAAUAGUUUUACUCGGUUUCUUAGAGCCAAUAUUGGAUCAGGGUUUUGGUUACUUGGGGAUGAACAUGACAUCAGCAACAUAUACAUCUGCUAUCAUGAACGUUCUUCCUUCUGUCACAUUCAUAAUCGCUUGGAUUCUAAGAAUGGAGAAAGUGAAGAUUGUAGAGGUACGAAGCCAAGCAAAGAUCAUUGGGACAUUGGUGGCUCUUGGAGGGGCAUUAGUAAUGACAUUGUACAAAGGUCCGCUUAUUCCUUUACCAUGGUCUAACCACAAUGUGGAUCAACACACCGGACAUAGCAACAGUUCACAAGAACAUAGCCAUUGGGUUGCUGGAACCUUGUUAAUACUCCUCGCUUGUGUUGCUUGGUCCUGCUUCUAUGUUUUGCAGUCCAUAACAAUAAAGACGUAUCCUGCCGAUCUUUCACUAGCAGCCUUAAUAUGCCUCUCUGGGGCUGUCCAAAGCACAAUAGUAGCGCUUGUGGUGGAACGCCGCUCCAGCGGAUGGGCCGUAGGAUGGGAUGCACGGCUUUUUGCACCUCUUUAUACGGGAAUAGUAAGCUCGGGUUUAACCUACUAUGUUCAAGGGAUGGUUAUGCGGACGAGAGGGCCGGUUUUCGUCACUGCAUUUAACCCUCUUUGCAUGAUUCUUGUAGCUCUCCUUGCUUCUUUCAUUCUUCAUGAACAAAUACAUUACGGAUGUGUAAUAGGAGGGACAGUGAUUGCCAUGGGUUUGUAUAUGGUUGUUUGGGGAAAAGGAAAAGACUAUGAAGUAUCCGGUUUAGCUAUCCUUGACAAGAAUAGUCUUCAAAAAUUGCCUAUCAGAACCAAAUUUGAUUAUGACUACAAAUUGGAUUCUUCUAUAGCUGACGGCGGCAAUAUAAUCAUUUCAGCUGGUGCGCAUCGACAGAUAUCUGGAAUAUAAGUGAAAUAAACAUUUCUCGAGUUAUCCCCGGAAUCUCAGUCUUGUAGUAUGCAUAUAAAUACAUAUUUUGUAUUCGACCAAAAAUAAAUACAUACAUAUGUAUUUGUGUGCAUUUUUAUGACAUAAGUUUACAUUA